AUGUCCGGCGACGCAGAGCAGCAACAGUUCGAGCAGGAGGUGAAGGACUUGAAGCAGUGGUGGUCGGAUUCAAGAUGGCGCUACACACGUCGCCCUUACAGUGCGGAGCAGAUCGUCACAAAACGGGGCACCAUCAAGAUCUCGUACCCAAGCAACGACAUGUCCAAGAAGCUCUGGGACACCGUUGAGCAAAGGUUCAAGGUUAGUCGACACACAGAAGCGUCCUCAGGACGAUUGGAGCUGACGGCAGGCAGAACAGGGAAGCCAGCUUCACCUAUGGUUGUCUUGACCCGGUCAUGGUCACCCAGAUGGCCAAGUACCUCGACACUGUCUAUGUGUCCGGCUGGCAAUCCUCCAGCACCGCAUCAGCCUCCAACGAGCCAGGUCCAGAUCUUGCGGAUUACCCGUAUACCACCGUACCCAACAAGGUGGAGCAUCUCUUCAUGGCACAGCUCUUCCACGACCGCAAGCAACGUGAAGAGCGCCUUACCACUCAGCCUCGCGACCGCUCCAAGGUCUCCAACACCGACUUCCUGCGUCCCAUCAUCGCCGACGCGGAUACUGGUCACGGCGGUUUGACUGCCGUCAUGAAGCUCACAAAGCUCUUCGUCGAGAAGGGAGCUGCAGGUAUUCACAUUGAAGACCAAAUGCCCGGAACUAAGAAGUGCGGCCACAUGGCAGGAAAAGUGCUUGUACCAGUCAAUGAGCACAUCAACCGAUUGGUAGCAAUCCGUGCUCAGGCUGAUAUCAUGGGUGUGGAUCUUUUGGCUGUCGCUAGAACCGACUCCGAAGCCGCCACUCUCAUUACCAGCACCAUUGACCCGCGCGAUCACGCCUACGUCCAGGGUGCAACAAACCCGGCCCUCCAGCCUCUUAACGACCUGAUGAUCGCCGCCGAGGCAGCUGGCAAGAAUGGCGCUGAACUGCAAGCCGUUGAAGACGCCUGGAACGCUCAAGCCGGCCUCAAACUCUUCCACGAGGCCGUUGCCGAUACCAUUAACGCCGGCGUGCACGUCAACAAGCAGGCGCUCAUUGACGAGUUCAACAAGCUGUCCAAGGGCAAGAGCAACUCUGAGGCCCGCGCUAUUGCCAAGGGACUCACUGGUGUGGAUGUCCACUUCGACUGGGAUGCCCCAAGAACUCGUGAGGGUUACUACAGAUAUCAGGGUGGCUGCCCAUGCGCCGUGAUGCGCGCUAACGCCUACGCGCCAUACGCCGACAUGAUCUGGAUGGAGAGCAAGCUUCCCGACUUCGCUCAGGCGAAGGAGUUUGCUGAUGGUGUCCACGCAGUCUGGCCCGAGCAAAAGUGAGUCAUCUCCUGCACGUCUUUCCGCAGUGUGAAUCGCCAACUAACAUGUUUUGCUUAGACUCGCCUACAACCUCUCCCCCUCUUUCAACUGGAAGACCGCCAUGAAAUCCGAAGAGCAAGAAACCUACAUCAAGCGUCUUGCAACCCUCGGAUACUGUUGGCAAUUCAUCACUCUCGCCGGUCUCCACAGCACAGCACUCAUCUCCAACUCAUUCGCACGUGAUUUCGCCAAGCGCGGAAUGCGUGCGUAUGGCGAGACGGUCCAAGAGCCGGAGAUGGAGCAGGGCGUGGAAGUUGUGACGCAUCAGAAGUGGAGUGGAGCGAACUAUGUUGAUGGGCUGCUGCAGAUGGUGCAGGGAGGCAUCUCAUCGACAAGCGCGAUGGGUAAGGGUGUUACGGAGGAUCAGUUUGGAAAGCAUUAG